CAAAUUAGGAAAGUGUGACCUCCACAUGAAAGCUAUGUGGUCUGGCAAUAGCUGAACAAACUUUAUGCCUAAAUGAGCUUUUAUUUUCAGUUUUGAGUUUAAAGAAUUUUAUUAUUUGAAAACUGACUUCCUCUGCCCCAAAGUUGGAAUUCCCCCACCCAUCGCAGCUUCCACUGGUAGGCAGUCUUAACCUCCCACUUUUUUUUAUUCUGACUGCAUAUUUUUAAGAGAGGAAAAGGUUAGUCUUGACUUUGCCUGGAAACUUAUAAAACUUCAGAAAGAGAGAUGUUGAACAAUUGAAGGUCUGAGCAGCCAAAAAUGAGCUGUAGCAGAACAACCACUUCUGAAUAUCUGAAAGAGAAGGAAAUUGAGCCCCUCAUCCAUUUUGACAAAAUGCCUGGUGGACAAGUGGAAGGAAUCAUGCCAUCUCAACAUCCGCUCCUUCGUAAAACCCUGCCCCAGUUUGUGGGUCUGGACUUCCCCCUGGACCAUCUGCUGGAGCAGAUACGGCCUGACCUGAAAAUCAGGCAGCAGGUGGCUGAGAUGGAAACCCGCCAGAAGACCUUGGAGAACAUUGUCUCGGUUCUGAGCCGGGAGCUGGGCAGAAAAGAAGAGGCCCCUGACGUCAGGGUUGGAGAAGCUCUGGCCAGGAUCCUCUGUCUGGAGGAGAAAGUAGAACAGCAAGAUUCACUCUUGGCUCUGAAAGACGUGAUGAUCAGCAGCUUGGUGUCCCGGAUCCAGGCCCUGGAAUAUACCAGCUACGAUGGGUGUUUCCUCUGGAAGAUCCCCAGGGUGGGGCUUCGAAUGCAGGAAGCUCAAACCGGCAAACGGCCUGCCCUUUAUUCCCCCCCAUUUUAUACCAACCGCUACGGCUACAAGCUCUGUCUGAAGCUAUUCCUGAACGGAGAUGGGACCGGUACUGGAACUCACCUUUCGCUCUUCCUGGUUGUGAUGAAAGGAGAAUACGAUUUCCAGCUGAAAUGGCCUUUCCAGCAUAAGGUGACCUUCACUUUGUUGGAUCAAGUCAACAAUCAUCACGUUUCCACCGCCUUCCGUUCCUUGGAGUCUUCGUCUUCAUUCCAGCGGCCCAUCAGUGAAGCCAACCUGGCCAGUGGCCUCCCCGAAUUCCACCCCUUGAACUCACUCCACGAACCAGGGACUGGCUACAUCCAUAAUGACACGUUAGCCAUUCAAGCUGUAAUCAACACAAAGGCUUAAACUAUUGGGCAACCUUGAUCUCAGAUGUGGAGACCAAACUACCAACCCCAGUUGUUCUAGUAUGAGGGAAGGCUCCAGAAUAUCUGUCAAAAGAAAGCGUAACACUGCUCCAUUUAUUUUUCCAAUCUCUACUCAAUAAAGCUACAAUUGAGGAAAUUCUCUGGAGCUUACUCAAUCCCUUCCCUAUCAACAGACCAGAGGUUGAAGAACUCCUAAAGCCUGUGCUCCUAAUGCAAUUUUGAAUCCAUUAAUUUAUUCUAAGAUCUGCAUACCACAAUGGAAUGAUUAUGCAGAAUCCAAAAUAUUCUGUCAAGAGUGAAAAGGAGAAGUUUUGCCCAGGUUUCUAUUUUUAUUUCAAAUGAUACCGGUGCUUAAGAAUGAUAUCAAAUUACAGGAAUGGCAAAAGGGGGUUAAUAACUUUGUAUGAAUGGGCAAAAAACCAAGAAUAAAAUUAAAAAUAAUGCAGGAUACAAGGGAAAGGGGGGGUCUUAAAAUGCCUAACUUGAAAUUGUAUAAUGAAGCAGUUGUUUUAUCAUUAAUUACUGAUUGGAUUAAUUUAACUGAGGAAAGAGUUUUGAAUAUAGAAGGGUAUGGUUUGUUAUAUGGGUGGCACGCCUAUAUAUUAUAUGAUAAGAAAGUAGAUAAAAUAUUUAAAAAUAAUAUAAUUAGAAAUGCAUUAUUGAGGGUUUGGAGGAAAUAUCAAUAUAAAUUAGAUGGAAAGAUUCCAAUAUGGGCAAUCCCGAGACACAUGAUAGAAAAUAUAAAUAUAUAUCAAAAGAUGGAGGUAGUUACCUAUAAAGAACUUCUUUGUAUGGA